CACGCUGAAGCCGAGGUGUAACGUUAGCAUUGUAAAAUUCAGACUUUGUGUUUGGCAUUGCAGCGGUGAGAAGGAUGUAAUAAGGAGGGCGCCUUUGGCUCUCCCUGGUGCCGGAGAAAUGUGGACAGAGAGGGCUAAGAUUCAGUGGGCGAACUGCUCAGUGAUCAGGACACUUCAGUGCCUUGUCCUCCAAACAAGUAUUUGAAUUCAUCUGAGCAGGUAGAAUUGGAGUAACUUUGCCCUAAAGUGCAGAAAAUGCUGCAGAUGACAAUAAUAAUAUUAAAAGAUAAUAGUAAUGAAGAACAUUUUUGGAUCUACUUACUGUGUACAAGUGACACUGGCACAGUCGCUCCAGAAAAAUGCUUGUUCGGGGCAAUGCUGAAUUUCGCCGCAGUUUUAUGCGUUGCUACCAUUUAUGUCCGUUAUAAGCAAGUUCAUGCCCUGAGCCCCGAAGGGAAGUGUGUCCUCAGAUUAAACAGGGCCGGCCUUGUACUGGGACUGCUGAGCUGUUUAGGCCUUUCUCUCGUGGCCAACUUUCAGUGUCUCAGCAAUGGCUCCCACUGGGAACCUCCGUGAGUACAAUGCAGGUGGAUAUCAGGGCCGUGCUUACUGCUGUAACAGAGCCCAGAGCCCCAGCGCCUGUUUCAUACACACAUGUGUCCAGCGCACACACAGCGGAGGCAUUAAGAAGAAAACCACCUUCUUCACCGUGCACAUCUGUGGCGCUGUGCUCACCUUCGGCAUGGGCUCCCUGUACAUGUUUGUGCAGACCGUCCUUUCCUACCAAAUGCAGCCCAAAAUCCACGGCAAACAAAUCUUCUGGAUCCGACUGCUGUUGGUGAUCUGGUGCGGAGUAAGUGCGUUUAGCAUGCUGACCUGCUCGUCACUCUUGUACAGCGGCAGCUUCGGCACAGAUAUAGUACAGAAGCUCCACUGGAAUCGCCAGGACAAGGGCUAUGUGCUUCACAUGAUCACCACUGCAGCUGAAUGGUCUAUGUCAUUUUCCUUCUUUGGUUUUUUCCUGACCUAUGUCCGUGAUUUUCAGAAAAUUUCUUUACGGGUGGAAACCAGUUUACAUGGAUUAACCCUCUACGACACGGUUCCUUGUCCUAUUAACAACGAACGAACACAUCUGCUCUCCAGAGAUUUCUGAUGGAAGGAUAACAUAAUUCUGUGAUGGUUAUCAUUCUCAGGGAUUGGGAAAAGAUUCAUGAGUUACUUUUGCUCUGAAAUUUCCAACCAAUUAAUCAAGGCUGACAGUGACAUUGACAGGUUCUGAUAAUCAAGAGAUGUGAAUUAAGCCAUUUUAUAAAUUAUUUUAAAGGAUAUUUUCAAGAGGAUCAUGUAAAAAGACAUUUAUGCCUAUACUUUUUUUUUAAUCCCAGAAAAUAAAACCAAAGGACUAAAGCACUGUAGAUUUUUUUCUUCUACUUUAAGUGAAACACCAGAAAUGCACCCAGCAGUCUGCAAAACUCAGCAUUUUUGUGUUUUAGAAAUUAUUGUAAAGAAAUUCUUUUCCCUGGAAUCCACCUAUAAAGGGAAGCCAACCUGAAUUCACCUGAGCACUGUCAUUGCUCCAGCUUCGCACAAGAGGGUUUUUGGGGGUAUUCACUCGGUUCCUGCCACAAGGCUAGAUCCUGUGCCAGCUGGCCUGUCACACGUCGUUGCAAUAAUUUCAUGAAGCUCAGUCUCUGGUGUGAGAUUUUAAUCCAAAAUGAGAGAAGUAGCUACAUUUCAAUUUACUCCAAUCAUGUUUCACAUAAAACAAAGGUUAGUGUUCAUUCACAAGGCUGAGAAGUUUGUGAAUAACAGCAGAUCAUUAAUAAAGUUAGCUUAAACUGCAGUCAAGAGCUUUUUAGACCUUUCUUUAUAGCAAAUUAUAAUUACUUGUAAAAGAAGCCUUGAACAGGCAAAUACUGAGCCUUUUUACUGGGAUGUGAUCUUUGUAGAACUCAAAUUCUAAAGGACAAAUGAGCCACCCAAAAUAGCUAGGUGCAAGACAAUUGUGAUACAUCCACCAAAACAAUUUUCUGUUGCUCUGGUCAUGCAAGAGAUUGAAUAGCUUCUGCCCGAAUCCCUGUCUACACAGAUAAAGAAUGGUUUACAGAUCCCAGAUAAAAUUCAAAAGAAGAAAAUGCUCAUCUGAAGGUAUCUGGUGACAACCUGGUUUGCACAAGAAUCCUUGUAGAAGAUGAACAAGAUUUAUCUUUUUAGGAGAAAAUGGUUCUACAGCCAAGAUAAAAGAUGGUGAAGAACAAGCUUUCAGUAUAAGAGGAAGCAAUUUAAAGGAAAAUGGUUAUAUGGUGGGGCCAGAGAGCUUGGUCAUGAGUAAGGUGCUAGAAUAGGACUGUUUCUGAAGAGUUGUGGACUAAGACCAAAUGGAAUGAAAUCCUGUUUAUAUCAAGCAGUAGUGAACAUGGGCAACAUUUCGAUAAACAUCAAUUAGCAUCACUAGAAAAAAUAUGGGUGUGAAGUUUAAAAAUUGUUAUGUCUCUGCAAGUCAUAGCACAGCCACACCUGAGAAACGGCAUGUAGUCCUGAUUGCUGUAUGUCAAGGAAACUAAUUAAAUCACGAAGACCACAGUUUGGUAAGGGGAAAAUCGAUAGCAUCAACAUUCAUGAAAAUAUAAACUAUGUGUGGGUGAGAAGACACAGGGAAGAAUGUGGACUUGUAUGUUUGUACUAGAAUAUUAUGUUAAACAUAUACACUAACACAUUAAAUUAUUUUAAAAUAAAAA